GGAAAGAUUAAUUUCUCAGUUUCUCACAAGUAAAAUUUAAUUCAUCCAUAUUAUCUCUUCAUUUUUCUUUCCUUACUUUUUCUUCAUUUUCUUCCAUCCAAAUAAAGUGUAGACGAAAUAGUAAUGUAUAUUCUGUACAAUUAUUACCGAGUAAAUUAUCCAGCGACUUUUGCAGUAUCCAAAGUACCAAAGACCCAAACUACAACUCAGCUAAAAAAAAAAAAAAAAAAUCUGGUUUGGCAUCAGUUUGAUGACUCUUCUUUGUCAACGAAUUUCCGACAACAAAGCUUCUCUCAGUCUACAACAAUGGCGGUCGACGGAGUUCCACCUAUCAUCGCUGCUCAGCUAAACCACCUUCUUUCUCAUUCUCCUUUCUCUAUCAAGGUUGAUCAAAUGUGGUCUGGCUCCAAGAAAAAUGUAUGGAAUGAUCGAUUUACCUUGCUCAUUCCCUUCUGCCUCGAUUUUAUCAAAUGGGAUAUUAUAUACAAUGUGGAGAGUCCGUUGGCUCCGCCGGACGUUAUAUUCGGGGCAGAAGAUGAUAAGUUUCUCCCCUUUGUUUUAUCAAGUGAUCCUAGCAAAUCACCUAUGCAUAAUUUAAGCAACUGGAACAGCAAGGACCCUUCUAGAUUAUUGUCUCUCAUUCUUCAACUCAGGGAAUUAUAUUCAGCUUAUCAAUGGAAGCGUGUUGGAGGUGUUGAUGAUGAUCGGGUGAAGUUUGAAAUUAGCACUAUGCUGUCCAGGGAGGGGAUUGAGAUGUCUUUGAGUUCUGGAGUUGAAAAGCCAGAGGAGGUUAAAUUUGCUGUACCAUUGCUUGACACUAGCAUAAAUAAUAUGGUCCCUGCUUGCCCCUGGAGACAACAGCAAAAGAUUUAUCUUCAGGUAAUAUAUCCAAUUGGUAGAAAGUAUCAAUCUGCUCCUUCAGCUCCACGUUUGAAGUUAAUAUCAACUUUAGAGCUGAAGUCUCUAUUCUCUGUUGAAGAUAUCAAACUUCCGACUUGGUUAAAUGGAAUGUGCAUGGCUGAGUAUCUUCCUGCUUUAGAAGAGACUUUGCAGAUGCAGAUCCUGGAGGCAGUUUCUCUUAUUGGAGUCAGGAGGCACUUUAUUGAGACAUUAUCAACCUUCUUUGGAAGGCCUUUAGAAGCUGAUCCAAUAUUUUGCAGAGAGGCAACAUUUCUUGUUGCUAAUGGAGUAUUUACAUUUUUGGUGCAUAUUUUCCUACCCAUCCACUUCCCCAAGCAAAAACCAACUUUGAUCCUUCAAAGCUCACAGCAUUUCAACACACAAGGGGUCCCAGUCAGGUCACCUGUUAUGUCUGAGUACCCAUGGAGUCCUAGAUGGGAACUUUCAGAAAUGGCUUCACGGAUAUUGUAAUGUUCCCUCGAUUUCGUGGUAGAAGAGUCUUCCAAUUUCAAGAAGAUUUGCAAUGAUGCUCUUCAACGUUAAGCCAUAGAGUUUUUCAGAAAUUGAAGAUGGUACUAAUUAGUUUAGAUUUUCAGCUAUUCCCAAUUUGGUAAUUGUUUUCGAUUAAUUUUCCCUUGUGCAAAAUUUUCUCCCUUUCGGUUGAAAAAUAAUGCAUUUGUUGAUGGUAUUGUGUUAGUAGCAGUUUCUAUCUUUAAUUUCGUUCUCAGUGGUUAGCGAAGCAAUCAGCAUUCGUAUUUUAGCAGUGGGGGAGAAAUCAUAUAUUUUGGUGGAUUCAAAAGAACCUUUAUCUAAACAAAUCAAUCCUUCCAUGGCGACCCAGGUUAGAAAAAUAGAUUGGAGUUCUUGUGUAGUUACUUCGUCUUGGUUGAUUAGGUUGGUUUGUUUGAGAAUGAUUCCCUUGCGGGUAUCAUUUAGGUUCGCCCAAAAUUUAUGUGUGCAAAUCUCAUCUUUUUCUUGGUAUUGUUAUAAAUGGUAGAGGACUAGAGGUUUGAUCA